AUGGGCUACCCACUCGCUCCCACGGCUGUGCGUGCGCAGCCCGUCCUGGCGGUCGUCCCCUGGGCAGGCUCGGGCGCAGGCAUGGUUGGCGCUGAUGAGGUCCGGGCACGGCUGGCUGGGACUAGCGGAUGGGGCGACGAGCACGGGAGUGGAAGCGAUGACGACGAAGGAGCCACUGAUGCUCAGGCUAGUCAUGCCGGAGCAUACACCCGCUGGGGCCUUAAUGAGCUCUUGGCCACGUCCGAGGGCAGAGGCCGCGACCAUAUCUCGCCUGAGAUGCGCGGCCGGAUGGCGAGCAUCCGAGAGGCUCGCAAGGCUGCCGAGCGUGAACGCGGCCAGGAGCGCGAGGACGACGGCGGGGACGGCGUGCCCAAGGCAAUGAGCCAGGAUCACUACGCUGCGCUGGGGCUGGGUGCCGCCGGGCUCGGCGCCUCGGCCGACGAGCUCAAGGCCGCCUACCGCGCCAUGGUCCUCGUCACUCACCCGGACAAGAACGAAGACAUGGCUGACGGUAAGGCCUUUGACGCGGUGCAGGUAGCGUUCGACCUCCUCUCCGACCCAGCCGAGCGGGUCAAGUACGACUCGCUGUACCGGACGUGUGACGCCGUACCUUCAGAAGACGACAUGAUCCGGGCGGCAACGGCCGGUGGCAACGCGUACUAUGAACUGCUGCGCCCCGUCUUUGCACGUAACCUCCGCUGGUCGCUCCACGAGCCUACCGUUGCCGACUUUGGCGACGCCGAGUCACCAUAUGCCGACGUGGAGGCCUUUUACGACUUUUGGCUUGCCUUUGAGUCCUGGCGCGACCUCUCAAUGCUCUGUGAGUACGAUCUAAGCAAGGCCGGCGAUCGGUACGAGCGGCGCUGGAUGCUCAAGCACAACGAGCGCGAGAACAAGGCCCGCCGCAAGGCCGAGGUGGCCCGGCUUGACAAGCUUGUGCGAACGGCGCAAAAGUACGACCCGCGGAUCAAGGCCGCCAAGGCUGCGGCUCGCAAGGCCAAGGCUGAUGCCAAGGCUGCCAAAAAGGCUGAGGCCAAGGCCCGCCGCGAGGCCCAGGCCCAGGCCCGCAAGGCCAAGGCCGAGGCCAAGGCUGCCGCCGAGGAGGCCGCCGCCGCCGAGGCCGCCGCCAAGCGCCAGCAGCGCCAGCGGCUUCGCAAGACCGCCCGCAAGACCAUUCGCCAGCACGCCAAGACUGCCGAGCUCGAGUUUACCCUCUGCGAGCAGUUUGUCAUCGACGCCCACGAGGACGAGCUCAUUGCGGUGUACGAGGAGCUGGUCAGCGAAGAGCAGGCAGUCGUUAUCCGCAAGAUCAUUUCCGCAGCCGCUGCCGGAGUCAAGGCGCGGAUCGAAGAGUCGCGACAGAUCCUUGCGCGCGAAAACGAGGCCCGUAAGGCCCGCCAGGCGGCAUCGGCCAAGGUGAGCAGCAAGCCGUGGACUGCCGAUGAGCUCUCGCUCUUUGCCAAAGCCGUGGCCAAGUUUCCCGGCGGAACAGCCAACCGGUGGCAGGAAAUUGCCGGCUUUGUCGGCCGGAGCGUCAAAGAGUGCCAGGUCAAGAUGCGCGACUACAAGAGCAUGCCGCCGCCAAGCGCAACAACAACAGCGUCGAGUCCUACACCGUCGGCGCCGAGCCCUGCGCCCGCUGCAGGCGCGCCGGCCGGCCCGCCCAUGGGCGACUGGACGCCUACCCAGCAAAAGCAGCUCGAGGACGCCAUGGUCAAGUACACCAAGGACAUGGGCAAGGAGCGGUGGAAGGCCAUCGCCGCCGCCGUCGACGGCAAGAACAAGAAGGAGUGCAAGGCCCGGUUCAAGGAGCUCGUUCUCUUUUACUCGCAGCAGGGCAAGUGA